AUGAUCACAUCAACACCAAUACAUCCUCAAGCUAAUGGGCAGGCAGAAUCUUCGAACAAGAUAAUCGUCAACAACUUGAAGAAAAGACUAGGAGCAAAGAAAGGAAAAUGGGCAGAAGAAUUACCUUUUGUUCUAUGGGCAGAUAGGACAACUGUGAAGAAGGCUACUGGCCAGACUCCUUUCUCACUGGUAUUCGGGGCCAAAGCAGUGAUUCCGACAAAGAUGGUGAUACUGACAACAAGAUUGAUACAAACAAAUCCUGAAGCUUUGUCUCAAGACUUAGACACCGUCGAUGAGAUGAGGGAUGCCGCAAAACUGAGAAUAGCAGCGUACCAGCAGGGGAUAGCCAAGUCUUAUAACAAGAAUAUAAGGACAAGGAGAUUCAAAACCAAAACCCAUGCACCAAGGGUACAACAAAGUCUAAAGCAUAUUAAAGAUAAUAGUGGAAGGCUUCGUCUUGAAACUCAAAAUCCUUCCACCUUCAACUGUUAUAAUAUUCACAUCAACGACCAAGGGCUUCGUCCUGAAACUCAGGAUCCCUCCACCCUUGGUCAUCAUAUUGUACUAAUGUCUAAAGUGCAGGAAAGUAAAUCGUUCAACAUGCAAGAAAAAGAAAAGUGUUCAAAAACCAACAACCAUUGA